CGCGGCGGCGGCGGCGAUGGCUUUCGAGGCGCUGGCGGAGGCAGCGGAGCGCUGGUGCGCCCGGACGCCCUUCCAGCUCAUCGCCGCCGAGGAGACGGAGCGGCGCAUGGACUUCUACGCCGAGCCCGGCGUCUCCUUCUACGUGCUCUGCCCGGACGCCGCCUGCGGCGACAAUUUCCAUGUGUGGAGUGAAAGUGAGGACUGCUUGCCUUUUCUGCAGCUUGCCCAGGAUUACAUCUCUUCCUGUGGGAAAAAGACACUCCAUGAAAUACUGGAAAAAGUCUUCAAAUCCUUCAGACCUUUACUUGGGCUUCCAGAUGUUGAUGAUGAUGCAUUUGAAGAAUAUAACGCAGAUGUGGAAGAAGAGGAACCAGAAGCCGAUCACCAACAAAUGGGUGUCAGUCAGCAGUAAUUUUCCGAGAAGCUAAAAAAUGUGGAAUCCUUUGGUACCAGGUGGGGUCAUGUGGUCCCACGUUAGCUUAUUUGAAUUAGCGCAUCACACUGGGAUAUCCAGCUCCCAGGAUAAGAGUUUUUAAAAUGGUUGAAAACAAACAAACAAACCAACCUGUGAUGAGCUUUGCUAAGAAGUGACCUGAAUUUUGCUCCUGCUUCAGUGGGGUUUCUAUGGAGUUGUCUUGGUAGCAUUCUGCCAUUAUCAAUUUAGAAGUAGUUUUAUUGCUGACUGUCUCUUUGAUUUGUAUUUGAGAAUAACAUUCACUGGCAUGAAUGUAGAGUACUUUGAAUGUAGGAACUGUUGGUUAGAGUGCUAAGGACUCACAUGUGACCUUACUGAGGAAAUUAAUGCAGAGAGUAAAUGCAAUCUGCACUUUUCUUUUUAGUUCAGUGACUAUGAUUUUUGACUCUAUACUACCAGACAAAGUACCGAACCCUGAGAGAUUUCUCUUGAAAAACACUAGUUUAAUAGUGGUCAGUACUGCAGAAGUGCGUGUGGAGGCUUAACAACAAUAAUGGGAAGUGGGAUAUCCAUGGAAGUGUUUGUGAGACGUAUUAAUGUUUUUUUUCUAGCACCUGAAUUUACAAGUGCUAGAUUAAUCACUGGCAGUAAUUAAAUCUCUGGUAUCACAUUAUAAGGAGCCUUGGUACUUUGACACUGUUCAAUCCAAAGCCAAAUGCAAUUUUGGACAAUUGAAUCAAUUAAAAAUUGCCAUUGCAUAUCCCACUUCUGCAUGAAAACCAACUUUAAACUUCAUUGUUUUUAAUAUGCUGGUAAAUUAUUAUUCAAGUCUUGCAGUGUCCUGAAUUGAAGUGCAACUUAACUUUGAAGCCAUAAGGGUAUAAACCAGAACCUGGCUCUUUAAAUUACGCUAGACUUCUUCCUCACUCCGGGCCUCAGUGUGUAUAGUCUUUGAGCUAGUUAGGGAUUUACAUCUCUUCGGAGGGGAGCUAAAGCACUACCCAAUGAGAAGGGCAAGACCUGUCUCUUAACAGUAAGGCCACUGCGUUGCUUUGGAGAGGUAAAAAGGCCUCACAGGGACUGCAGAGGUAACUCAUGACUACUUUACAGCCCCUUCAUACUGGCAAACUUCAGCCAUUACAAAAGCUAGUGAAGGAGAGGGUUUACUUCAGCUGGGACUUGCUCCCUAGAGUGGUUUGAGGGGGUCUUGGUGUAAAGGGGAAUAAGACUCCUUGUAUUUUAUACCUGUUUUGCAUAGAUUUAAAUGACUCCAAAGAGUGCCACACAGUGAAGAUACAGGGUCUCUUUAUUUACUUGCCUUUUGUACUGAAGAUGUAAGAAACCAAGGAAUUCUGUUGUAAUGCAGCUAUUUUCCGCAUUCAGACAAAAUGUUUUCCAAAGUUUUUAAAAUCAUGAAAUGAAGGUCACAUGCUUCAAAAGCCCUUUUGUACAGAAUUAGCUUUAUAAAAACAAAACGCCAAUGAAGAGAAAAUGCUUGGACAACUUCAAGAAACAAAUUACACCAUUUUGAAAACCCUGUUGUUAAAAGUCUCCUUCUCAACAGAUUUUUUCAAAGACAUUUUUUCCAAGAUCAUUUAAGAGAGUAGGUUUUCUUGGUGGUUUAUAUUUCUAAUGAUGGCCUGAGGGAUGCAUAGCACUUGAUUUUUUUUCAAUCUGAGGCAAAGACCUUCCAUAACCAGGAUGGUGUUUGGUGUCUGAGUUAAGCACCAAAGUGUCUGCAACACUGUAAAAGUCGGAGCUUAAGAAUAUUGAAAAAAUAGAAAAGGAUCAGACCUUAACAAAACUUUGUACAUUCUUUUGGCAUGCAGGCAUAAACAUGAUAGUCACAACACAUUUUCUAUGGACUAGUGAUGUGAGAACUGUGGCAGUUCAUUGUAUAACACUGUACAGCAGCAAUAGGCUUUUUGUUUACUAAAAUAAAGUGCAAGACCGGUGGUUUCCAUCCCUGCUUUAAGUCCCUAAGUUUUUUUUUUUUUUUCCCUCUCCAGCUAAAAAGGAUGCCAUAACCUUAAACAGAGACUUACUUCAGAGCCAUCUUCUUCAUACCAUCCAAUCCUUUGAUUGUAGUUUAUAUAAAUAGAUCCUUGGGGGGCUGGUUUUCCUCUGCUGUAUUGGAAUGGAGGACGUAAUUUACACUAGUGCAAGCUGGAGGCACAGUCCUGCCACUCAGGACUAACUGCUAACUGCUUUCACCCAUUUUGUGUAAGGGCAAAUGACUGAGUGUGCACACGCACACAUGUAUACACGCAUGCACAUAUGCACGCAAGCACAAGCCUGGUUCUGCCCAUCCCCAGGCACGGCAGCAUGUCCCCCUCCCUCCUGUCCUCCCAGCACAACUCGUCGUGGCCCCGUGUCCUGGGGUGGCCUGUGGAAUUGAGCUGGCCGAGAAAUAACCUUCUGUGGUUUUUCUGGCACACUUUUUGGCCAGAUCAGACCUCUGAUCUGAUCCACUUUGUGGCCACGCAGGCAAGGGUGCCAGCACAGCAGCAGGGGUGGUGCAGAGUGGAAAUGCGUAGCCGGAGAGAACCGCUGCCCAAGGCUCCUUGCAGCUUCCCAGUGGUAUUGGAGGCCCCAAAUGAAGUGUGGAUGUGGAUGAACAGGCCUAAGUGCUAUUAAGAGUUAAGUCCACAAGACUCAGGGGAAUGGAAAAUCAGACUCUGAAUGGUAGUGGGACUGUAAUUCAGGAAUUCAUGAAAUGAGGAGAGAUUGGGAGAUCCAGUUCUUAGUAAUUGCACACAAAAGGUUAUAAUAUGUACUGCACUUUGCUACCUUUGCCUGUGUUUUGGUUGAUGUGUAAAUGAGCGGUUGAGCAUUAGUAUGCUUGUAAGCAAAUACAAAGCUGUAAAUUAUGUAGAUAAAUUAUUUUCUGUACUAAUUAACUCACUUUUUUUUUGGAACUCCAUAUGCCAUUUGAGUUGACUUCCACAACAGAGUGUAAGUGCUUGAUAGCAAGGGGAUCCUUCUGCUGCUCCUAUUCAUGCAAAAUUCCUGUUGAAGACAAGGAGAGUUUUGUUCAAAUGAGAGCUGCAGGACCAGAUCCUCCGAAGGGGUUGUGAGGCUUGGUCCUACAAAGAGCUGAACGCUUUUGUCUCCUGUCGCUUUGCUGGGAGCUGAUUGUGUUGAGCCCCACUGCUGAACUGAAGCAGCACUUAAACAGGAAUUUUAUACAUAGAAAAUUUAAAUUUACCUGUGUAUUAAAUGCGAAUGAACAUUAAUAUAGAAUGUAUUUUAUCAAAAAAUAUUCUUAGACCUUGACCAAAUACAUUUCUGUAUUAUCAUCAUGUUCCGUACUUAUCAAAUAAUGCAAGAGAUGAGAAACUGUUUUAGUGGUAUCAAAAGGUAUUUUAAUAUUUCAUUUGUAUUUUACUUUUUCCUCACUCCCACCACAUUUUGAGGUUAGUAGCCAUUCAAUAAUUAACUGGGGCGGCGUGACCCAGUGCCUGGGCGGCCAGACUGAGACACUAGAUUUACAGACACAUGUAAACACUUGCUGGUCUGGGAUUCAGAGCUCUGCCGUUGCCUUGCUUUGAGCUUUGGGUAGAUCUCAGAGGCUGGGGAUUCAGGGCAUCCUCUGGGAGUUGCACAUCCAGCCUCCAUGAAAUUCAGUGGGAACGGGGUAACUGCUUUGAAAAUCCCAUCUUAAGCCUUUUUGUAAAAGAGGUCAUUAGUAUUGUUUGCCUACCAGUGUCUAAAAUGCUUUUAGAUCUGAGUGUGAAAAGAGAUAUGCAUUAUUAUUACCUAUCCUCAAAGCAAGCCAUUAGUAAAAGGAUUCAUUGGAGUCUCCCUUCUCCUCCCUUGCCUUUCUCUCGUAAGACAUUUCAUGUUCUAGCUAAAUGUAAACAUUCCAGAGCAGAGCCUCUUGCAGUACUGGUGUAUCUGAGUAUGAGCUGCCUGAAUGCAAUGAGCAGAGUGCUGCUUGGGGGGGAUCAAAAAUACAUGGGUUGCCAACGGAAAGAACAGGUUUUAGAAAUAGCAGGAGCAAGAGUGAAAAAGGACCUUUUCAGAGAGAGGCUAGGAUUUCUCAGGCAACCUAAACCGUUCCGUCAAGGAUCUGCUUAUUGAACCUAUGCAGGUUAUAAAAAAGUUGCUCUGUAAAUUACUAGGAUCUUUUCCUCGGUUGUAUUUUUAUUUUAAUAUCCUGCUUGAUGAAUGUGUUGAGAUGGGGAGGGAGGGAAGAAGGGCUGGAGAAAAAUCUCCUUCACCUUUCUUCCCCAACAUUAUUAUUUAUGAUACUCUAUGGGUAUGUAAGAGCAACAAUCAUGGAGCAGGAAGCUGUUUUAUUAGAUGCAGAAUAAAAAAAAAAAACUCCUAAGGAACUUGCUUGUGAUGUGGACAACCAAUUUGAGAUACAAGAUUUGCAAACCAUUUCCCAGCAGAAAUGUGGGGGAAAAUGCACCCCAGAGCAUGAUGACCUGAACCCUGCUAGGCUUCUCCAGCUCAGCCUCCAGCCUCUUGCGUUGUUUCCUGGACAGUUUUCCUCUUUGCACAGUGCAGUGCCUUUGAAAGCUGCAUGCUUGUAAAAAUACUGCUUUUGGUGGGAAUAAUCAGUUUUUCUGCAUCGGUGACCUGUAUGCUAACCCACUGCAUUUUGGUGCUGUGUCGCAUGCAAGGUGUGCUGUGUGGGCUGAAGGCUUGGGGCAGCAGGGAGGAUUUCUGCUACAGCAUUGCUUAGGAGGUGGCUGGCGUCUCCCUCUCUAGAAGGUGUGACAGGAGACUGUUACAGUGAAAUCAAUGCACUGACCUUAUGGACAUUGCUUUGGAAAGCUGCCACAUAGGACAGAUUUCCAGCCUCUUUCAACACAUUUCCCGUCUUUCACUAGGACCCAAGGAUGAAGUCUAUGGCUAUUACUCACAGUCAGAUUUAGCUGUGGCAGGAGACAAGGUUACUAUUAUGUCCAUCCUUGCUGCUCCAUUCUCAGAAAUUCCCACCCUCAGAAGAGGGGAAGCAGUGAGAGAUAAACGCUUCUUAGGCCCUGCCACUGGCAGCCAGGUGCGUUAGCGUGAAUAGCGGCACGGUGCCGGUCACUGAGCUGUCCUGUGUGGAUACACUGUCCUUCUGCACGUGUAGCACCUUCUCACAGAACGUGAGGUAGAUAUGGGCUCCCUUUGAAGACUCAUAAGCAGCCCUUGAUGGGCAGAAUCAUACAGAAGAGAUAAGUGAUUUUAGAUGCCAAACCCAAGAUCUUUUUACAGGCAGUGAUUUCCAGCCAAGUAAUCCACUCUCAAUAUAAGGACCCAUUGAGACCUCCCUCCUCAUCAAGACGAUGAUACCUCUCAUUGCUAUCGCUAUUCUAGUCUAUAGGUCCCUUUUUCAGUGCUGACUGGCUUUAGACUGCCCAUGGGACAUGGGAAAUUGGAAAGGAUCUCUUCUUCUAAAUGGAUGCCCCUUUCUGCAGUUUGAGAGCACAGGGAAAUGCUUUGUUUUUGCUUUUUAAUUCUGGCAGGGCCUCCCCUCCUCUCCUACAGCCUUUUUCGGCAGUCGGCUGCAGCUGGAAAACCUUCACUUGACGGCGAGGCAGGAGUGACUCAGAAACAGGCUAUUAGACCCCGUCACAGGCUGUGUUUGAGGUGGUCCCCUGCAGAGUCACUGUGAAGCCAAAGGAGCAGGCUUAGGGCCUUCGUUUCCCAGGCAAACAUUAAAAUAAAGAAGAUAGAGGCUGCUUCUUAAAUUGGCUUGUUACCUCUGAUAGGGAAUACCCUGAGGCCAGAAUCUGGCCCUCCGGUUUUUAGCAGACUUCUGAGAUUUGUUAAUUGCAUUGUUGGUAUCUGAUGUCUGUGGCAGGUGUAUGUUGUUCGCUGGGGGACAAAACCUGUUUACUUACCCACAGUGGCUACUUCAGUAUGCCAAAUUAUCAGUAACUUGCUCUGGGUUUGAUUCCUUUCUCACUGCUGUUUUUUUUUUUUAAGAGGACAAUACCUAAAGGUGCAGCUACGUUAUUGCAAACUCCAGUUUCUACAGAGCUGCUAACACUGCACUGUCAAUGAGAGCUUGGUCGUAAACAGAAAUCUACAGGUUAACAACAAGGCUGUUCAUUUGUCUACAAAAAACCCUUCUUUGAACUAGUUACUACUCAUUGUAACUCUGAUUUCACGUAAAAUAUAUUGUGAAAUUCCCUUUCUGUACUGACCUGCUGUUGUUUAUGUAGGCAAAAAGAUCUGUGGUAACUUUGCAUGUAAAGGACAUCUACUUUCUUGUUUUGGGGCGUGGAAAUGUCAGCUCUGGAUUUCAGUCAAUAGGAUUUUUUGGUUGUCAAGUUUUCCUUUACUAAUGCAGGGAUCAGUCAGAUAUCAACACGGCAAGCAGAAAUAACGUUGCGCCAUGCCAGGCAAAGACUGUUCUUGUGCUUUCUACCAUUUUUCUGGCUAGAAGAUCUCUCUCUCUCUUUGUGACUACAAAGCUGUGAAGUGGGUUGCCAAAAGAUACUGCCCUUCUGCUCUAUGCUUUAAAAGGUGUAAACUUUCAGUGGAGCCCUGCCUACUCUUCUAUUUCUCCUUCCUCCCCCAAUACCAAGGCAUCAAAUCCAACAGUGUAGUUACACCAUAAACUUGCCAUUAAAGAGCUUACCAAACUUUGA